AUGAGGUUUUCGUUAAGGAAAUGUAUAUAUGUAUUGCUUACAUUGCUUUUGCUUCUGCUAGGGGUGUUGUUAUUGCUCUCGUCCAGCACUUUUGAGAGGCUAAAGGAAUUGAUUUUGGAUACGGAGAAAUUUGACCCAGAUGUGCUUAAAGCAGAUAAUGUGAAAGCGCGAGAGGAGUUGCAUUAUUCAAAGUAUUUGUACAGUGGCUAUGACGAUUUCAUGGCGGCAUUCAAGAAUGAUGUUCAGGAAAUUAACACAAGCAGUCUACUGGAUAAGUGCAAAGUGUUUUUCAACCAAUUCAACGAGAAGCAUCCAGAUUGGAAAUUCCCCGUGUACAACAAACCUCUGUACCGAUUUGACAAAUCCUCUGAUAAAAAGGAUAUCUUCUUUAAGGAAAAAAUAGACAAGUUAAAGCUGUCAAAUGAAAAUAAGGACAAUGAUAAAUCUGAUAAAGAUGAAAAAUUUGUUGUGAGUAGACAAGAUUUGAUGGCCUUUCUACGUGAGUACGAGUCAAAUGUGAAAAGAAGCAAGGAUAUCCAACAAGAAAUGGCGGAUGUAACGACAAUGCUACGAGUAUACGGCAAGUGCUUUAUUGGGAGGGACCUAAAUGAAGACUAUGAAAAGGAAAUGUACCAUGAAUUGAGCAAGAAAUUUUUUCCAUUUUUAACAGAUAAAUUGCCCAUGGUCAAAAAACCAGGAUCGAGUCUGGCGCCGGGUUGGCCAAUACCUCAGGAUGGCAAUGUGGAUGGGAAUGGGGACGGUACUUUUACAUAUAAGGAUAAGCCGGAUGGCGAAGCUCUUACUGAGUUCAUUUACAAGCACUCAACGGGACGAGGAAUAGUAUUUUCGGCCUCAACUCGAUAUGCAAGAGAUAUUAUUCGCCUAAUAAAGGUGCUUCGUGCUAUGAAUAAUAAACUUCCCAUCCAAAUCUUGUAUAAAAGUGAUAUCAGCAAGAAAUAUAUCGAGUUGAUAGAAAAAGCUGCAACGGCAGAUAUUGAAAGUCUACUAGAUUCUGGGUCGAGCAACGAUUACAAGCUGUUUAUGCCGGAAUUGGAAUUAUUGGAACAGCACAAAGAGUACGGUUCUGAGUUCCCUAAGCAAGAUUUGACAUUUAUCAAUAUAACACCUUGUAUAAAUAAGGCUUACAAGUACUCAUUCCCAGGCUACUUCAAUAAAAUAUUGGCGGUAUUAUUUUCGACUUUUGAAGAAAUCUUGCUUCUCGAUGCCGACACAGUUCCACUAGUUCCUCCAGUUGAGUUUUUUGAGUCUUUUGAGUAUCAAAAAUCGGGCACCUUUUUCUUUCAGGAUCGGUCGUUGCGUGAUACAAAUGAAUUUAUUGAAACAAAUUUUUUUGCAACUUUGUUCCCUACCAAUGAUAAAUCAAUAGAUACGCUAUUUGAUAUUCCUAGGACUAGUGAGAAAACUAUGAACAAUAGGUAUAUGACUGGGUGGAGACAUCAUCAGGAGGCAGGAGUUGUUGCUUUUAAUAAAAAGCUACAUUUUAUGGGGUUGCUUAUGAUGUUUCCUCUUUCGUUAUGGACUGAACCGAUAAAAUCUUCAGUAUGGGGGGAUAAAGAAUUGUACUGGAUGGGAUUAGCAGCUGCUGGUGAUGAGAAUUAUGAAUUCAACCCAGUUGGCGCAGCAUCAGUUGGUGAAAAGACAACUGCUACAAAUCGCAAAUACUAUCCCAACUCUUCUAGUAACGAAGUAUGCUCGACCCAUCCUGGUCAUGUUAGUAAAGAUGGGAAAUUGCUUUGGAUCAAUUCUGGAUUUGGUUUUUGUAAAAAAAACGGUUAUUAUCGAGAGCGUACAAAAUUCCCCUUUUCUGUUUUUGAGUCUGACGAGUUGACAAAUAUGUUUAAGUUCCCGUUGAAAAUUAGAGCAGCAUUAGUGCCACCUGAAAUGCCCUGGUUUAGACAGCCGAAUAAUCCAAUUGAUAUUACCCCGGAAGAGAACUUUCAAAAGUCGUGGAAGGAUAGAAAGAAAGAUAUAGAUGAGAUUAACGAGAAUUUGCCAAGCGGGUCCGAAAGGACGGAGUUUAUUACAGAGUGGGGGCCACAGAAGGGAUGGGUAAAGAACUCAAUCUGUUUUGGUUAUUAUUACUGUGCUUACGAUAGGGUUGAAAGUUAUACAAAGGAAGGACAGUGUGAUACUGGCAAUCUCUAUGAGUUCACUGAUGAAGAAGUAAGGCAUUUUGAUUACUUAAGUAAAGUAUGGUUCACAGGAGACAUGAGGAAUAAUAAAUAA